GGUUCUCCCGGAGUUCCAGGCAGAAACGGUGCCCCUGGCCCUCCAGGACAGCCAGGGAGUCCUGGAGCUCCUGGCCCCCCUGGGAUCUGCCAGUCAUGUCCCAGUAUAAAUGGAGGCAGUUUUUCUCCACAGUAUGACUCCUAUGAUGUGAAGGCCGGUUCAGUUGGUCUUGGUUACCCACAGCCCAUUACUGGCUUUCCAGGCCCCCCUGGCCCCAGCGGCCCCCCUGGCCCACCUGGUCAUGCAGGUCCCCCUGGCUCUGCUGGAUACCAAGGUUCCCCCGGAGAACCAGGACAACCUGGCCCUCCUGGACCUCCAGGCCCUGUUGGAAUGAUAGGCCCAGUUGGUCCACCAGGAAAAGAUGGAGAACCAGGAAGACCAGGCAGAAAUGGAGACCGUGGAAUCCCUGGAUUACCGGGUCACAAGGGACACCCUGGAAUGCCUGGGAUGCCUGGGAUGAAAGGUCAACGAGGUUUUGAUGGAAAAGAUGGUGCCAAAGGUGACAGCGGUGCUCCUGGUCCAAAGGGUGAAACUGGUCUUCCUGGAGCAAACGGAGCACCAGGACAAACGGGACCAAGAGGUCCAGCUGGUGAAAGAGGAAGACCUGGGAAUCCUGGUGGCCCUGGUGCCCAUGGCAAAGACGGAUCUCCAGGAGCAGCAGGCCCACCUGGUCCCCCAGGUCCCCCUGGAACUGCAGGAUUUCCAGGCUCUCCAGGUUUUAAGGGUGAAGCUGGUCCUCCUGGUCCUGCUGGCUCUAGUGGUAGUCCUGGAGAGAGAGGAGAACCUGGUCCUCAGGGUCAUGCUGGGCCACCUGGACCUCAGGGGCCUCCUGGAAGAGCUGGAAGCCCUGGCAACAAGGGUGAAAUGGGACCUUCUGGUAUUCCCGGUGCUCCUGGUCUGCCUGGAGGCCGUGGUCUUCCUGGUCCUCCAGGUACAAGUGGAAGCCCUGGAGCAAAAGGCACUCCGGGAGAACCUGGUAAGAAUGGUGCAAAAGGAGAUCCAGGCCCAAAAGGCGAGCGUGGUGAAAACGGCACCCCGGGUGCUCCUGGACCUCCUGGUGAGGAAGGCAAAAGAGGUGCAAAUGGUGAACCCGGCCAGAAUGGCGUACCUGGUACACCUGGAGAAAGGGGCUCCCCUGGUUUCCGUGGCUUGCCCGGUAGCAAUGGACUUCCAGGUGAAAAGGGUCCUGCAGGUGAACGUGGUAGUCCAGGUCCUCCUGGACCCAGUGGACCUGCAGGAGAGCGUGGACAAGAUGGAGGCCCAGGUCUUCCUGGAAUGAGAGGCUUGCCCGGGAUUCCAGGGAGCCCUGGAAGUGACGGCAAACCCGGCCCUCCAGGUAAUCAGGGUGAAUCUGGCCGCUCUGGUCCACCUGGCCCUCCAGGCCCACGUGGUCAACCAGGUGUAAUGGGUUUCCCUGGUCCUAAGGGCAAUGAGGGUGCACCAGGUAAGAAUGGAGAAAGAGGCCCUGGUGGACCGCCUGGAACACCUGGUCCUGCUGGGAAGAAUGGUGAUGUUGGCCUCCCAGGGCCUCCUGGACCUACUGGUGCUUCUGGGGAGAGAGGAGAACCAGGACCAUCAGGUCCACCCGGCCUCCAGGGAUUGCCUGGUGGACCAGGACCAGCUGGAGAGAAUGGAAAGCCUGGAGAACCAGGGCCAAAAGGUGAUAUUGGAGGACCCGGAUUCCCAGGCCCUAAGGGUGAAAAUGGUGUCCCAGGUGAACGUGGUGCACAGGGUCCUCCAGGACCUUCUGGAGCAAGAGGCACGCCAGGUCCUGCUGGCUCAGAAGGUGCCAAGGGUCCUCCUGGACCCCCUGGUGCCCCUGGAGGCACAGGACCCCCUGGCUUACAGGGAAUGCCAGGAGAAAGAGGAGCUUCUGGAAGUCCUGGACCAAAAGGGGAUAAGGGAGAACCUGGUGGCAAAGGUGCAGAUUUUUCAUUCCUGGUGGAAGAGGAGAGAGAGGUAAUGUAGGUCCCAUCGGUCCUCCUGGUCCUGCCGGCCCACCUGGAGAUAAGGGAGAGACUGGUCCAGCAGGUGCCCCAGGUCCAAUGGGUUCCCGUGGUGGUCCUGGUGAACGAGGAGAACAGGGUCUUCCUGGACCUGCUGGCUUCCCUGGAGCUCCAGGCCAAAAUGGGGAACCUGGUGGGAAAGGAGAAAGAGGCCCACCUGGUCUAAGAGGAGAAGCUGGACCCCCUGGAGCUGCAGGUCCACAAGGUGGUCCUGGUGCACCAGGCCCACCUGGUCCCCAAGGAAUAAAAGGCGAUCGUGGAUCUCCUGGAGGCCCUG